UUCAGAGAAGAUGGUAGUAGUUACAAUCUUACGUAGAGAGGCCCUUUUCACAUCUCAAAAAUCCUUCUUUCUUUCCAAUUCUGAGAUCUGAAGCCGAAUGGUGGCUCCCAAUCUCUCUCUCAGUUUCUAGAAAGCUCCCGUGUUUUGAUUCUCAAUCGGAAUCAAUGGCGGUGGUGAUUGAGGCCUCCGUCUGGGAACCGAGCCCGGCGCUCUACGUCUUCAUCUUCUUCGCCUCCCUCUUCUCCAUCCUCUUCUUCCCCUACGCCUCCGGCACCGCCAAACCUCCCUCGCUCUUCGACCACGGCGCCUCCCCCUCCGCCUCGUCGUAUAGGUUCCAGCGCAACUUCCUCCUCCUCUACUCCCUCGCCUCAGUUAUGGAAGGACUGUGGUCAGUGUUCGGUGAAUUUGAGCUAGCUUAUUACGGAUUGCGCAAAGAGAAAAUGGUGCUGUAUCUCUGUGUAGGGUUUUCGGCUUCGAUUUCUGUUGGUUCUUUGUUAGGUGUGCUUUGUGAUUUAAUAGGUCCGAAGAAAGUGUGCUUCUUCUUUUGCUUUUUGCACUUACUUGUUGGCUUUUUGAAGAGAAUUGUCCCUCAUCCGAGUGUUUGGAUGGCUAGCAUUUGUUUGUCUAUCGCGAGUUCUGUUUUUUCGUUCGGUUUCGAGACGUGGAUGGCGGUUCAACAUGAAGAGCAAGGGCACAGGCAAGACAUGCUGAGUGAGACAUUUUGGUUGAUGAGUUUCUUCGAGUCGGCAUGUCUUAUUGGUAGCCAGGUUUUUUCAAAUUGGCUCAUUGGGAAUAAUGCGGGGAGGAGUAUGGCAUCUCAUUCCACUGCAGCUAUAUUCUUGGCUGUAGUAAGCUUAGUCUCUCUCAGCAAGGGAUGGAAAGAAAUUCCGUAUAAAGUAGCUCUUAAGGAGUAUACGGCAUCUUUUCGUGCAUGCAUUGUUGGCGAUAAAAGAAUAUGGCUUUUGGCAUGGGCACAAGCUUGCCUUCACUUCUCUGUGGCAGUAUUCUGGAUACUAUGGGCCCCAACAAUAGUGGCUGAUGGACGAGAAGUGCACCUAGGGUUGAUUUAUCCAUGUUUUCUGGGAUCAAGAAUGCUAGGAAGCACAGUAUUCCCAUGGCUCAUUAGUGGAAUCUCAUCCUUUAGAACUGAGGAUUGCUUAGUAUGUGCAUUCAUUGUACUGGGGCUAGUAUUGUCAAUAACUGCCUAUGAUUAUCAGGAAGUUGGGAUGCUAGUAGCACUAUUUUGCAUAUUUCAUGCUGGCUUGGGCGUGAUUUUGCCUUCACUUGCCAGAUUAAGAACCAUGUACGUGCCUAAUGCACUGCGUGGAGGGAUGAUAAGCCUUUCUCAAGCCCCUGCAAAUGCAGCAAUUCUACUUUUUCUGGUGCAAGGAAAAUACCACAAUAACAUUGGAAACUCAACGAUCAUAUUAUUUGCUGCCCUUGGAUUAUUCACAGCCGCUGGUUGUAUGCAUGUCUUGAAGCGAUGGGGGAAGCAACCAUAUCAGAACUGGCACAAAUUGUGAACUGGUACUAAUCACCAGUGUUUUGGCUGAGUUGGACAUCUGUAAACAAUCAUUGACUAACAUAACAAGAAAUCAUGUGCCUAACAUUUAACUGAGGUAUGCCACUCUUGAAGUACGCAGAAGAUGAAUGUGGAACAAAACAUAGUGCGUUAAGAAUUUUGAUUGAUAUUGUCUUAUAUAUUCUUUAGGAAUUAGCUGAAAGUCUUGUCCAAGGCGGAAGUCAGCUGUUGAUUCUUUGCCAGUUUGUCCAAUUUGAGUUUCCCGACUCAUCUUAGCCUUCUAAGUUUCUGUGCGCAUCUGCAAGGUUGGCUGGGAUAAAAGAAGGGACUAAUGCUUACUAUCAGCUGUGUAGACUACCAGUUCCAAUUUAGCGAUUAGAGCAUUAGCAGCAGGCGCAGAACUGCGAUUCUCAGUCGCCCCCUUUUUGAUGAUUUUUUAUAUCUUUUUUUUGUUAUUCUUUUUAAUCUGGGUUGUAAUUCUUCCACUUAUAGUGGCAUAAUGACGAGUAUAGUAUGUCAAAACCUUGUACUUUAUAGAAUGGUGAUAGAAUGGUAGACGAAAACGAGGAGUCUAACCAUCAGGCUCAACCAAAUGUAUACUUCCAGAAUUUUAUAUAUGGCUUACUAUCAUUUUCAGUUUU